AUGAACUCGUCAUCGCCGGAUAGAGGGUCGGAUCGUUCUCCGCUGCUUGGCGGGGAUGAGCAGCCGUCAUCUUCGGGACACAAUGUUGAUGUUGAUGCCAAUGCCGAUGCCGGAGAGGUUUGUGGCGAUGUAGCAGCAGACGAGUUUGCGAAGGAGGCUUGCGAGGAUACGGAACGGAAGAGCAGCUGGUAUUUGUUUCUGCUAACACUGAGUAUCGGCGGCUUGCAGAUUGUUUGGUCUGUAGAGUUGUCAAAUGGAUCUCCCUUCUUACUAUCCCUGGGGAUGGAUAAAUCCCUCCUUGCCUUUGUUUGGAUUGCAGGCCCCUUAACAGGAGUCCUUGUCCAGCCAUACGUUGGCAUUCGUAGUGAUAACUGCAGAAUAUCAUGGGGAAAACGAAAACCAUUUAUGAUCGGGGGUGGGAUUGCCACUAUCGUAUCCCUGCUCGCGCUUGCAUGGACUCGUGAGAUCGUGGGCGGCAUAUUGGGCAUAUUUGGCGUUCCCUUCGGCUCUGAGGGGGUCAAAGUAACGUCUAUCGUCAUGGCGACUAUUUUGAUCUGCCUAUUCAUCACCGAGCGGGAUCCACGACUGGAAGGCCCCCCGUCAUCAGAUAAUCCUGGAGUUAUCGCUUUUUUCAAGCAAGUUUUCCAUUCCAUCCGCACCUUGCCGCCCCAAAUCCGCAAAGUAUGCGAGGUCCAACUUUUCGCAUGGGUCGGGUGGUUCCCAUUCUUGUUUUACAGCACUACUUACAUCGGGCAGCUAUACCGGGUUUCACCCUCCGACGCGCUUGGCUCAUGUCCCACAUCCUAUUUACCAUUUGCUGGAACGGUCGUCGUGUCUGUCGUUGGUAUCUCAUGGGCAAUGACUCUUUGGGCGCCGUUUGCCCUUAUAUCGGCGGAGGUGGCAAAAAGUGAUGCAAAAAAACGCCGGAGGAGAUAUCGGUUGCUACACAUGAGACGCGAUUCUAGCGAUGGUCUGUUGCCCCGAUCGCGGCGGCGGGAACAACAACAACAAGCUGUUGUCGCUCGCCAGGAGGAUCGUAGCGAUGCUCAUAUGGCAGUAGAAGGGGAUUAUGGAACUCCCGGUCUUUCGUAUCAUUCCACCGCGUCAACAUCCCUGCCAACCCCUGUCGCCACCGCCCAUGGCCAAGAUGGCAAAAACGAACAAAACAACGAGGAGAGCUCCCAUCGCAACGACGAAGAUGGCGAUAAUCUUAUCGUCGAUGAGAGAGAAGAGGACAACGAAGAUGACAAUGAAUCAGCAGACGACGGCGAGGUCGACACAACCGACGAAGCCGGCGUGAUACUUGGCAUCCACAAUGUGGCGAUAUCCUUUCCGCAAAUCCUUUCGACUUUGGUUAGUAGUGCUAUCUUCAACGCCCUGCAGAAGCCGCGUGGAGAGCCUUGGGAUGAUUCUGUGGGGUGGGUUAUGAGGUUUGGUGGGCUUGUGACAAUUGGGGCGGCGGUUGUCACGAAGAGGCUGGCGGAAGGGGGUAGCGCGGGUUCGAAAGUCGGGUUGUGGAAGAAUAGGGAUGCUGUAUGA